AAUGCUACAAAGCGGCAAGAUGAGAUUGAGAAAAUGAAAGAUAAAGUUCUUCGAACGUAUGCAGAUAUGGAAAACAUCAUGGACAGGACCAAAAGAGAGACAGAUAACUCUAAAAAGUUUGCAAUUCAGAAUUUUGCAAAGAGUUUACUGGAUGUUGUAGAUAAUCUGGAUAGAGCUUCUUCGGUUGUAAAAGAGAGUUUUGCUAAGAUCGAUGCAUCUAAGGACACUACUAGAGCCGUUCCGCUUUUAAAAACGCUUAUUGAAGGCGUCGAGAUGACCGAAAAACAGCUAGCAGAGGUUUUCAAGAAAUUUGAAGUGGAGAAAUAUGAUCCAACAAACAAGGUGUUCGAUCCACACAGGCAUAAUGCAGUGUUUCAAGUGCCAGAUAAUACCAAGGCUCCCAAUACUGUUGCGGUUGUUCUCAAGGCAGGAUACACGCUCCAUGAUCGAAUAAUACGACCUGCUGAAGUUGGUGUGAUCAUAAAGGCGGAAUAAAGUAACAGAUGUUUGAUCGAUAGUGUUGCCUCAUAGUGAUACUGUUCGAGGAUUUUUUUAUAACGUUUUGUCAUGUUAGGACCAGGAUAAACUCCGAGGGAAA